UUUCAACACAAAUGUCUACCACUUAUUUUCACAAUUGAGUAUCAUACCUAUCUAAGUGAAACAGCAGCAAGUUCAAAAUGUUCUCUUUCAAUCAAACAAUCGUUAUCAUUUCACUGUUCGUGGUAUGUUUUCAGACCUAUUCAUCGGCUCCGGCGAGCGAAUUAUCCCACAUCAUCGAAGGUGAUAAAGGCGUCAUCAAAGUGGAUGGGAAAAUUAUCAGUAAGAUGGACAACGAAUUUAAACGAGGACGCGUUCAUAUACGCACCACCUCCAAGGGUCUUCUUUGCAUCAACAAAAGAAGGAUUUUUGAUUUGACUGAUAUAUCACCGGAAAGCUUCGCCAAGUUGAAAUUGGAUAGUAAAUCAGUAACUGCUUUUAGAAUCAAAGUAAAUAAAAAUGGCCAAUUGGGAUACACGGAUGAUCAAGGUAAAAUUUUUUUCGCUCAGCCUGCAAAAGUACCCAAGAACCAAAGCGGCCUUAUAAAAGAUAUGUUAGUAGGAGUUGAUGAAAAUAUCGGCCCUGAGGAUAUAAAAACAUACCGACCGAAAAAUAUUAAAAAUACUAUAAUAAAAGGUGAAGGUGGCCAGAUCACAGUGAAUGGAAAACUUGUUGUUAAGAGGGAUUAUCAAUUUGAAAAUGGUAUCGUUCACUUGAAUAUUUUCAAUGGUGUUGUUCGUAUCAAUGGUAAAAAGAUUUUUGGUAAACCCAUCACUUGUCCGGGUAAAUGUACUAACAUGGAAAUGAAUCGUGAUGAAGGAGUUGAUGGCUUUGUGAUUGAAAUAAUGGAAGAUGGUACAGUUGACAAAGUAGUGAUUAUGGGCACGCCAGCAUAGGCCUGGAAUGUUGUUUUAAUACACGUACAAAGUACCUAAGUAUAUACAUUCUACGGUAUUUAUUAAAUGAACUGUAUACGUACCUACUCUAUACCCAUGCAAUGAUUAUUAAAAUAAA